AGCCGGAACCCGGAAGAUUCCAGCUUGUUGUGAGUUGUCGCCUUUCGCUGCUGCAAUCGUCUUCUUCCUCCUCCUCUUCGCUCACAAAUGGCGCGUUUCGUCGUUCCGGGCCGGACCGGGCCGGGCCGGACCGGGCCGGGCCGGACCGGGCCGGGACUCUGGUCCUCGGCGCUGGUGCUGACGGUGCUGCUGGCGGAGCUGGUGCUGCCGGGCGGGGCCGUGUCCGAACCGGGGAAGUGGGUCCUGAACGUCAACAGCGAAACCGUGAAGAAGCAGAACCACUUCUUCUUCACUAAAACUCUGUUCAACAACAGCUUCAUCCAUCUGAAGGCCGAGGCCUGCAACCUGUUGGCGUCCGUCCAGCUGGACGUGUCCUGGUACCUGAGGAACUCCCACUGCUACGGCGAAGUCUUCCGCCUGGACGCGAAUGGGGCAAAGAGUUUACUUCAACCGACGGAGGUCACCCAGGAGGAGGAAGUGGAUAUUAUGUUGUUCACCAAUAUCCUCCAUCACCUGCAACAUAAGCCAAACGUUCGGCCUCCAAUCACAGAGGAGAAUUUACCAAGCAGGACGAGGAGAGAAGCGGUCGCUCCAAAAACAAAGGCUGCCACGGUAACGAAGGAGAGCACUCCGGCUGAAACUGGGAAAGCUGUCGUCCCUCAUAAAGAGGUCAGUCGUCCGCAGAUCAGCAUGAUGGGUCCGCCACACUACCUGUCGUCCGUAGAAGUGGCCAUGAGUGGUGUGUCUCCUUGUGGCCCUGGUCCAUUCUACAUGGUAUGUGACACGUGUACUGGGAGUGACUUGCGUGCUGGUGGCGUUGUGGCUGCUGCUGUCGGCGCCUACCUGGAAGGGACUGCUCCUUCCAGUUGCUGGAUCGGGGAGCACUUCCUGGCGAUGGUGGAGAAGGCCGUGUACUACGCCGAGUUCCAGAGUAUCAGAUACGACGGCUUGUCAGUCCCGGGGGCGGUGGUGUUCGCCGAGGUGCUCUCCGCGGUGAAGAGGACCCUGGCCAGGGUGCUGGUGAUCAUCGCCAGCCUGGGAUACGGCAUCGUCAAGCCCAGACUCGGUGCGCUGCUCCACAGAGUCGUCGGAGGUCGGUGCUACAUGAUGUUCUCCAUCGUCGAGGGGAUCCUAGAAGUCAACGCGUGCUGCGGAGGAACGUGGUCAAGCUUCUCUCUUCCGCACUUCACCAACACGCUCAUCUUCGCCGUCAUAGCAUCGGUCAUCUUCAUCAUCUGGAGCACCAAGACCUUCAGACGGUCUACAUGUCUGGCUGACUGGAGGGAGCUGUGGAUAGAUGAUGCGUUCUGGCGCUUCUUGUUCUCCAUCAUCCUAUUGGUCAUCAUGUUCCUAUGGCGACCGUCAGUCAGUAACCAGAGGUACGCCUUCAGUCCUCUGCUGGAUGAAGACAGUGAGGAAGUGGAGAAGGAGCCCAUGAUGAACGAGGCGUUCGAGGGGAUGAAAAUGAGGGGAGCGAAAAACGAGAGCAACGGCACGGCCAAAGCCAACAAAGCGGAGGAGGAUCUGAAAUGGGUCGAGGAGAACAUCCCCUCGUCUAUGGCAGAUGUCGCCCUGCCGCCCCUGCUGGACUCUGAUGAGGUCAGUCAUUUAGGUUCCUUCCCGUCAUUCAUGCACCACGACGUCACACGCCAGCAAUAAGAGAAAACUUUAUAGACCCUCGGUCAGGGUCGAGCGACAGUUGUGUGCAUUUCCUGUCUGGAGAGCGGGAAACUGAAAACGGCAGGCAUCGAUUAAAAAUAAGUUCUAUAUCAAGUAUUAACAGGUGCA